AGAAAUCGCUCGAAGCUUUCUCUGUUCAGCUCGGAGAUCCAGCGCGUGUCCAGCCAUGCCAAAACGAAUACUUCCCCUGUCAAUUUUGUGAAGUUCAGUGAUACUGGCACACCGCUCCAAGGUGAACUACGCUUAAUUAAGGUUACAACAUAUUUGUUGUUUUUAUUUUUUUUCUAACCCUGGAAUAAAGUGAUUCCUUUUUGGUGCACUCGCUUUUUCUGCAGAGAAUUUUAGCGCACUCGCAACCUUUCACCAUUGCUUCCCAAAGGAAAACUGACUUUUUUGCGCUUGUUUCUCGGACUCUCCAGAGGAAGCGUGUCGUUGCUCCUGUGGUUGGCAUCGUCAUGGUGUUAGCUCUUAUUAUAGCGAUACCGCUUCUGGUCCAAGCGUCCAAGACAGACGCGCACUACGAGAUGAUGGGCACCUGUCGGAUGAUAUGUGAUCCAUAUAACCCCAAACCCAGCGCCAAUGCUCUGGAAGUCAUGCAGGACCUGAGCGUCAUACCACCCCCGGCGUUCUCGCAUGGGACUAAAGGCGAGCCGGGUCGGCCGGGGAAACCCGGACCGAGAGGUCCGCCCGGCGAACCGGGUCCACCAGGUCCAAGAGGACCGCCGGGGGAUAGGGGGGACUCGGGGAAACCGGGCUAUCCCGGGCAUACCACUGGAGAGACGGCGGAGGGGACUGUGAGCAGUGACAGGACCGAAAAUGCCGAGGGCCCAGAGUCCGCAAUUGGCGGCACAAAAAUUGCUUUUUACGUGGGUCUUAAAAAUCCCCACGAGGGAUACGAGGUGCUAAGGUUCGAUGACGUGGUAACAAAUCUAGGGAACCAUUACGACCCUUCUACCGGCAAGUUCACGUGCCAAGUGUCCGGGAUAUACUACUUUACAUACCAUGUAUUAAUGCGCGGGGGCGACGGGACAAGCAUGUGGGCAGAUUUGUGCAGAAACGGACAGGUCCGCGCCAGUGCGAUAGCCCAGGACGCAGACCAGAACUAUGACUAUGCCAGCAACAGUGUAGUGCUUCACCUAGACUCCGGGGACGAGAUCUACAUCAAGCUGGACGGAGGAAAGGCGCAUGGGGGAAACAACAACAAGUACAGCACUUUUUCCGGUUUCAUUUUGUAUCCGGACUAAACCGCUUCCCAGACAUGCAGGGAUGUGAACUCUACUAUCAUUUAUUAGACUCUAUCAUAACUAGAGCAAGUUGCCCAUUGUCCGCGCGCCACUGUAAGCGGCUGUGUGUCAUCUGUUUGUAUUUGGGUGGUUUGGGGCGCCAAGACUUGCCAACCGCUCAAAUACAGACGACAUUUCCGUGUGUUGUGAUAUUUUGUUGCUUGAACGUCUGUCUGUGUUUCCACUCAAGAUAUAACCUUCUUCUAUUUAUGUAUCAAAAAUAAGCAACAAAAAUCAAAAUAAGGAGUAAGAUGUCCUAUGUAUUGGUCCACCAUGGACCGAAUGUUACAACAUGUUUUGUCUUAGUAGCUUAUUCCAUUACAGUAAGUAUUUCAAUAAAUUAUGUUUUCUAUUA